AUGAGGUUCGUCGACGUUGCCAUCGACCUUGCGGCCGUUCUCAGGGCGUCACGCUCUGUAGCGUCCAAGCACAUCGCCCUCCGAUCACGACAGCUCGACAGGUACACCCGCAGCUCGAGCGCAGCACAGGCGUUGCGGAACAAGGCUGUCGGGGGCUUCCAGCAGUCAUUGCAACAAGAAGGACAAGAUGAGACCCGCGACGCGAGUGGCGUGACGAUUGAUGGCGGCGUGCGGCAGGACGCGGAUACGAAAACGCAAGACUGGCAAGCGGACGCCACGCCAACCGACGCCUCGAGUGAGCCAUCUGCGUACGCCCAAGCGAGCAAGAGAGCGGCCGAGAUCAGGGACACCCAGCAGGCGGUCAACACCCCUAAUGGCGUCGACGUGAACAUUUUCCACACCAAUCGAGGCUCGCAGGUGCUCGAUUCGUUGCGCAAGCAAGGCGCUGCUGGACCACGCAUGAACCGACCUUCGAAACCGAGUGAGGGACCCCCAAAGGAACACCCUCUGAGAUACUGGAAGCCUGCGCCGCCGCUUGAGGAGCACUUGGAACCUGAAGAAUCAACGACUGCUGCCAGUGCAAAUGCAUCCCCGACCCCUGCACCAGCGCACGCGAAGGAAACAGAGAGCCAACCCAUUGUGCAACCGAUAGAAUCAGUUACAAAAGAUGCCGACGCAAACAAAAGUACGCAUCCAGACGUUGACCCGGUGGUUCAGUUGAAAGCCAAGAAUGCGGACGAAGAGAUCAUCGAUCUGGCCAAGGACCUCACCGGCGCCAGCUCUGCAGCUACACCUUCCUACCAGCUCCGGGAAUCAAAAGUCCCCUCGAGUCGUCUGAGCCGUAUGUGGAACUAUGGCGGCCUCGCCACGGGCAUGCUGGGUGGCGCCAUCACCGAAAGCGUGAGCAGGGCGUUUGGCGGUGGCGGGUCAGGCUCCGUGCUCCUCAGCGGGAACAACAUGGAGCGGCUGGUGGCCAAGCUGUCGCGCAUGCGAGGUGCUGCCCUGAAGCUCGGGCAGAUUAUGAGCUUUCAAGAUUCCAAGAUGCUGCCCGCCCCUCUGCAGGAAGUUCUCCAGCGUGUGCAGGACAGGGCCGACUACAUGCCUGCAUGGCAACGAGACAAGGUCUUGACCGCCAAUCUGGGUGCCGACUGGAGGGAACUGUUCAGUGAGUUCGACGAGAAGCCCAUGGCGGCGGCUUCGAUUGGUCAGGUGCACAAGGGCGUGCUGAAGAAGAAUGGGAAAAAGGUUGCCGUCAAGAUCCAGUUCCCCGGCGUCGCCGACUCCAUCAACUCGGAUCUCGACAACUUGGGGAUCCUGCUCAACGCCACAACGCUGCUGCCCAAGGGCCUCUACCUAAACAAAACCAUUGACAAUGCUCGAGUCGAGCUGGGGUGGGAGUGUGACUAUGAGCGCGAGGCUGCGUGUGCUCAGCGCUACAAGAAGCUUCUGAGCAACGACGACGAUGUCUUCCUCGUUCCGGACGUGUACCCAGAGGCAUCGGGCAAGCAGGUCCUCACUAUGGAUUUCAUGGAGGGCGUCACAGUGACCCGCGUCAAGACGUUUACCCAGCAGCAGCGAGAUUGGAUCGGAUCGUCCAUCAUGCGCCUCUGCCUGCGCGAGAUCACCGAGUUCAAGUUCAUGCAGACCGACCCCAACUGGACCAACUUUCUGUACAAUGCCGACCUCGACCGGCUGGUCCUCCUGGACUUUGGCGCCUCGCGCGAGUACCCUGAAGAGUUCGUCGCGGAGUACGUCCAGCUCCUCGCGGCGGCCGCGCGCUCGGACAAGGCGACCGUCAAGGCUCUCUCAGAGAGCCUGGGCUACCUUACCGGCCACGAAAGUAAGGCCAUGCUCGACGCGCACACGCAAUCCAUCCUGACUUUGGCCGAGCCGUUCCUCGACACCGCGCCCGAGGUGUACGAUUUCCAAGACCAGACCAUCACCGAGCGCGUCAAGGCCCUGAUUCCCGUCAUGCUCCGCGAGCGCUUGGCUCCGCCGCCAGAGGAGACGUACAGUCUCCACAGGAAGCUCAGUGGAGCUUUCUUGCUCUGCUCCCGCAUGGGCAGCAAAGUUCCCGCGCGAGAGAUGUUUGCAAACGCCGUGGCCAAGUCAGGCUACGUGAAGAACUAG